UCUUCUCUUUCCUCCUUCCCGCCUUUUCUUCCUUCAUUUCUUUCUUCGUCUUCCAGCGCCGUCGCCGUCGCCGUGCCGCCUCCUCCACCUUCUUCUGCCCGUGUUCGUGUUCGUCGCUGCUGAUGGCAUCUUCCGACGCUGGCGAUUCUUCCGAGGAAGAGUUUGGGCGACUUCUGAAACGAUCUCGAUUGAACGACGCACAAUCCCUUGAGGACUUAGUUAAGUUUCUCGUAGAACAAGGCAAUGCUUCUGCUGCACCAUCCUCUACUGCUGCUACUGUUGACAACACUAGCACUGCUUCUGUUUCUGCUUCUACUUCAACUGCUAACAACAAGCUCGAGGCCUCGACUUUCCCUGCUACGCUGUUGAAAAUCAGCGUCUGGAAGUAUGUGCCAAGAAACGAACACGAUCUGGAGGUGAAGUUUGAUUUCACGGGGCGUAAAAUUCUUUGGGAACUUCUCAAAGAUGGUCUCAAGUAUAGACGUGAAGUUUUGUGGGAUGAUAUUAUCGGUUUGAAAGGCGAUUUUCCUGAGAAUGGACCCGACAGUUUAAUAGUCGUGGUCGAUAAACAACCUAAGUGGCAGCCGAACUCCAACUCUACCACCGAUGAACAGGAAAGCUUACGUGUGAAACAUUACUUAGAAUUCUCCCAUGGUGUGUUGAAGGAGCAUUUCAAAAAGCUUAUAAAGUGCGAUGCCCGUCUCGCUCAUUUGAGCCUGCAACCUGAAUUAGUUCGCGAUUAGCCAUCCGCAGAACCGGAAUCGUCUGAUUAGGAUAUUUCUGAAGAAGCUAAAGGAACAUGAACGAACGUAAGGAUUCUGCCUUUUGAGAAAUAUUUUUUUUCCAUUUGAAAGGGAAAAUAGAAUUUCAUACUGAAAAACGAUCAGCAAAUAAAUAAAACAAGAGCUUGCAUAACAUAUAUAUAUGUGUGUGUAUAUAUAUAUAUAUUGGCAUGGAUAAAACAUGUGUAGUUAUUUAGAUAAAAUACUAACAUGCAUAAAAUAUGUGUAAUUAUUUCAGUAGAUUACUAAUUUGCACUGAUACUUAA